UUGCUACUUCUGUGAUUCGUUCAUAUUUCAGUUGGGCACAGAAAUAGCAAGAAAUCAAAAAUUCCUGUAGAUUUUCGCAUAUUUUUCGGCAGUAUUGCUCUUUCUUUUUCGAGCUACUGUACUUUUUUCCAUGAAAACCUACUGAUCUUGGAGCUUCCAUUAAUGUUUAAUUUCUUUCUUCUUCGCAUAAUAAUCCUGCAGUACUAAUACUAGUAUAGUAUGUUUAGUUCAGAGGCAAUCUCGAGAGAUAUGAGCAGAAACAGCAGCAGCUUUCUCAAUGAGGGCAAUUUGAAGAGCAGAGAUUCCGAUUUGUUUGUGAAUCAAGCUCAGAUGCAGCCGCAGGGGUUAGCGCGUUACCGAUCGGCGCCGAGCUCGUUCCUCGCCGCGCUUUUGGAUUCAACUACUGAAAACAGCAGCAGCGGCGAUGAUGAAUCGGAAGCUCUGCUGUCGGCGCUCAUGGAUGCGCCGCGUGAUCUGAAUCAGAAGAGCGGUCAUUAUCAUAUGAAGCAGGAGGUUGGGGCAGAAUCGGAGCCCCGGCCCGGGCAGAUGGGUUAUGAGAGCCCCGGAAUCGUCGGAUCUUAUUCCGUGGGGAUGGAGAAUCAGGCUAAUUUGAGGAUGAAUAAUGGAUCCAAUCUCGUUAGACAGAGCAGCUCUCCUGCUGGAUUCUUCAAUGGAUAUAGCAUGAUGGGAGAGGUGGAGAAUUACAGAGUCCAGAACCAUUCAAAAUCCAGUUCAUCAUCAUCAGCAGCUGGUAUGAGCAGUCACAUGAGCUUCACAUCCUCAAGGUUCAUGCCUAGCAUACCUGAGAACUCCAACGAAAGCAUUGCCACCCGUAACCCUGAAAACGGCCACUUGGGAAGCGCUAAUGCCAGAGAAUUCGACGCUCUCUUCCCUCAGGACUCGUGGAAUCAUGACACUCCUUUCAACCCCUUGAAAAGAACGAUGUUUUCUAAUUUUAAUGGAUUGGAAAAUCAGAACGGAGAAACAAGAAGAAACCCUGGCUUAGUUCACCAUAUGAGCCUGCCUAAAACUGCUUCUGAAAUGGCUGAAUUGGACAAGUUUCUGCAAGUUCAACCGGACACCAUUCCAUGCCAGAUUAGGGCGAAAAGAGGCUGCGCCACUCAUCCAAGAAGUAUAGCAGAGAGGGUGAGACGCACCAAAAUUAGUGAAAAGAUGAAGAAGCUGCAAGAUCUUUUCCCAAAUAUGGACAAGCAAACAAGCACAGCUGAUAUGCUGGAUUUGGCAGUUAAAUACAUUAAAGACCUUCAAGGUCAAGUAGAGACCCUCACGGAGACGAGGGCAAAGUGCGUUUGCUCGAAAAUUCCUCAACUAACAACAACUCCCAGAUCGUAGUGUAUAAGCUAGCUACCGCUCGCCUUCUAAGUCGAGGCUGUCAUGUAGUAUGCGUGCUCGUGGAGUGCCUUUCGUUGUCGAUGUUGGUAGCCAACAAUGCGGAUGUUAAUCUGUAGUGUAUGGUGAUAUUAAUGAUUAUAUAUGUAGGUUUAUUUUAUGAAUAAUUUGCGUAUGUAUGCAAGGUGCUUAAGAGUUUUAAGAGUAUAGUUUUUGGUAUUCUGUGAUUGUAUUUAGUUGGGGGUUACUGUGAUACUAUAUCAUAAUGGAAUUAGUUAGGAGUGAUUUCAGCAGAUCCAAAAAGCAGAAUAAUAUGGAAUUUGUGACGUGCGAAUGCAUUGAGAUAUAUAUGGGAUAUUAUUAAUUAUUGUGUA